AUGUUGGUGCCGUCAGGCGCGACGCACAUUGGGCAACAGUGUUGGCUUUUGCCCUACCUGACUUUACUAUACCGGGAUACAACAAUGCCUCAGUCAUUGGAGAGGGUACAUCCAGAAGGCGACAUCUUUCUUGUUUUGUCAAAGUCUCCAGAAUAUGAAUACGAAUCAUUCGCACCCUGGAACGCACAAUCGGCAGGCGAGGAAUCGAAAUCCAGGUACACAGGCAAUACAGACAGCCAGGAUUCUGCCAUUUCAAGCCCACAUUCGACAACGAACGAUGAAAAACAAGACACUACAGCAUAUACCAAAGAUGGUGGUAGCAAAGCCGAAGAAUGUCUGAAGGAUAUGCUAGCCACCUCUCGCAGCGAGGCAAACGAGCCCAACUUAAGCGACUCGCAAGACUUCUACUUCCAAGUUUCAUCAAAACAUCUAGAGCACGCGUCUGACGUAUUCAAGGCAUGGCUUAAAUCGCCUCUUGGGGAGACACAAUUUCACGACGGACGACGAAAGCACAGUCUCCCAUUUGGUGAUCCAAAGGCGCUUUUAAUAUUGAUGAACGUGAUCCAUGGGAACAAUUCCAAAAUACCUAGGUCAAUUGACUUGGAGCUUCUAGCGAUGAUAGCAGUCUUGGUGGACUAUUUCAACUGUUCAGAGGCUGUGGAACUAGCUGUCGACCUCUGGAUCGAUCACCUCCGACACGAGCUGCCAGCUGCACACAACAGGGAACUUGUGUUAUGGAUACUUAUUUUUGACAAAUUUAGUCGGGAGAAGCUACUCGAGAAAGCUCAUGAGGUAUUCUCUGCAAGUAACCGCAUGAAUUGUGGAAGAGAUAAAAAGAUAUCCCCUAUCAUUAAAACUCUUCUCAAGCUUGCUACCAGACUUCAGAUGGGGCAAAGCAGAUGCACCUUAGCAUGUGAGUCAAUGCUCCUGGGAUCGCUGCUAAAGCACAUGGGACCACUCUGCCUUUUGUCACCUGGGCCAGUACACCCAUAUCUAGGCCACAGUUACAAACAAAUAGCAGAGGCAUUCUCUCUUUUUGAGUCCCCAACUUGGUUUUGCGAGGUUUCACGGCAGUCAUCACCAGAAGAGUCCGAUUGUAAGAUCAGCGGUCCCGAUAAUGGUCAAAUCGAGGGUUGCAAGAGGCAUAGGGCCCAUUCGUGUUCUUCGGAUCAUGACUGGAUAAAUUCGAUUCUUUUGAAGGUAAAGAGGGGCGUAGGGCCUUUCCCAUUCUCGCUCGAGGUACAAAACCUGGCGGCCGACCGCCGGAAGAAAGGAAGAACGAGUUGUCUCCGAAAGCCUGAUGCUGACCUCACGCACAAAACGCCAAGAUGUUCCUUCUUUAUGGAAACCGCACAUUUUGUCAGCUUGGAAGACAAUUAUAGCGUUAUACCAUCGCUUCGGCCCGGUAACAAAUUGUGCUGGGGCUCUAAGCAAGAUGAAGUCCUUAACAGACUGCUCUGUAGAGACGUUUUGGCUGGUCAAGCAGAAGCGGAGCUCUCUGAAUGGGACAUUCGCAGUCUCUGUAAUGUGACACGGAAGGUUUUAUUGUCCCAACCAACCAUGUUAUUAUAG